UAGAGGAGCUUUGAUUCAAGUCCUCUUAUUCACUGUAAUAACAUUAAAUUUUACUUUCUGUUGUAAUUACCUUAAUUUUACUUUAACUGUUAGACUUAAUUCACUUGGCUUCAAUUGAUGUGAAUAAGGUUUACAAAUCUUUUUGAAUGUCGAAAACAAAAUAGUCCCAACAAAGCAGGUCACAGUGGCCAUGUGUGACGUUUGAUGCAAUAAAAUAAUUGGAAGGUGAAAAACACACAUCGAAAAAUUUCCAAGGAUUUCGGAGCAUGGCGAUCCUGGCAAAAAUAUUCAUGUCGGUGUUCGGUGCGACGAUUACAGCGGCCGCCUUGGCCCGGUAUGACAUCGUCUUCUACCCUUCGUUCAAAAUAACUCCUACCAAAGUUUACAAGACUUUCAACGUUUCCAGCUUAAGUGAGUGCCGGCGUAGGUGCGUGGAUGACCCGGAGUGCACGGGCUGGACUGAGUGGCCCACGAGGAAGUCCAAUCUCGACAACUGUCAACACACGCGCGACUCGCAGCCCGGCACGACGCUGGUCAGCGGUUACGGCAUGGAAACUUACUUCAAAGAGAAAAAACCGAAAAAAUACUUUUGGAGCUCUGAUGUGGGGUACGGCAGCGACAAAAACUUCACGACUCUGUGCGCUCAGGACAACGGGCAACCCGGGCUGGUGCACACCCUACAGGAAUACGAGUACAUCAGAGACAACCUCAUGUCGGCUGUCACGGAAUGGAGCGGCCGUUUCAUCCCUUUGAUGAGUUACCUCUACUCGAAUAACACGAGGAAAUCUAACAAAUGGACGGGAACACAACUGCAAGUGGACGGCAACCAUGUGCUUCACCGCCACUACGAUCCCUCUUUCGAUGAUUUGUGCAACACCAUCACCCCUACGAACGACCUCACCCUCAAGGAGUAUUCGUGUACUGAAACGAAACUAAACGUUCUCUGCUACACAUAUUAAGCAAUCAACUUCUCUGCUACAAUUAUCAAGCAAACAACAAUUAUUAAGCUUCACCGCCACUACGAUCCCUCUUUGGAUGACUUGUGCAACACCAUCACCCCUACGAACGACCUCACUCUCAAGGAGUAUUCGUGUACGGAAACGAAACUAAACGUUCUCUGCUACACAUAUUAAGCAAUCAACUUCUCUGCU